UGUUCUUGUCUUCUAUUUCUCGCCCUCGUGAGCGAAUGAGAGCGGGACGCCGGAGAGGAAGCCAAAGCCCUCUGCUCCUCUCCUCCUCCUAGAUUUCUAGGGUUUUUAUCAAUAGAUUGUUUCGCUUCUUGGGGUUUCGAUCUUCUCCUCUACAGUUUUUCGGAACAAAUUUCUUUGUCCAGAUUUUUUUUUGCGCGGUUCUUUCCUAUUCAUUCUUCGAUUCUUGGGUGGCGAACUGGGAGCCAUGAAGGAGGAGCUUCUGGAGAUGUUCGAGGCCGCGAAGAGGGCGGCGGACGCGGCGGCGGGGGAUGGAAGCGCGUUUCCGGAGGCGGAUCGGUGUGUGGAUGCGCUGCGGCAGCUGAGGAAGAUCCCGGUCACAACGGAUGUUCUGGUGGCCACUCAGGUUGGCAAACGUCUUCGCUAUCUUACUAAGCAUCCUCACUCGAAGAUUCAAGCAGUUGCUUCUGACCUGUUGCAGUUCUGGAAAAAGGUAGUUAUUGAUGAGACUGCUAAUGGUAAAAAAAAUGGCAAUACUGAAAGUAAUAGUUCUUUUAAAGUUGAAGUCAAAUCUAAGAAAGCAGAGACUGUCAAGGUUGACAAGAUUUCAAAGGCUGGGUCCAUUAAGUUUGACAAGAUUUUGGAUUCAGAAAAGCUCAAGGCUGAGAAGAAGGAUUCAGAUGGGUUGAUGGAGGCUGGGACUUUGAAGUCUGAAAAGACCGAGGCAGGAAACAAUGAGCCUUCAGGUCAAAAUAUCAAAGUUGAGAGGAUCUUGAGGGAAGAGAACCGGGAUUCUGUUAUCAAGAAGCCAUCAUCCUUCCGAGUUGGUCCUCCAAAGCUGACAUCAUUGAUCAAAUGUAAUGAUCCUGUGCGUGAUAAACUCCGGGAACUUCUUGCUGAAGCUUUCUCUAAAGUUCCUGGUGAGACAAGUGCAGAUAGUAGGGAUGAAGUGAGAAACAUCUUAGGUGAAGUAGAUGCUUGUGACCCAAUUCGAGUUGCAGUCACAGUGGAGUCUGUGAUGUUUGAAAAGCUAGGCCGUUCUAAUGGUGCUCAGAAGCUUAAAUAUAGGUCCAUUAUGUUCAAUUUAAAGGAUGGGAAAAACUCUGAUCUGCGUAGACGGGUUCUCCUUGGACAAGUGAAGCCUGAGAAACUUGUUGAAAUGACUCCUGAAGAGAUGGCUAGUGAUGAGAGAAAGCUUGAAAAUAAGCAGAUUAAAGAGAAGGCUCUGUUUGAGUGUGAACGUGGAGGAGCUCCUAAAGCUACAACCGAUCAGUUUAAAUGUGGCCGGUGUGGACAGCGGAAGUGCACUUACUACCAGCUGCAAACUCGGAGUGCUGAUGAGCCAAUGACGACUUUUGUAACGUGCGUAAACUGCAACAACCACUGGAAAUUCUGUUGACCGCACCAUGUAGCAGAACAAUUGCAGUCAAGUUUGCUGAGCGCCUCGUCUUUUAUCAUGCUCAGAUCUGAUAGACUAGAUCUUCAGUCUUUAAUUUCCUAUGUACCUCAUUGCUGUUCCUUGUUAGAGUUUAGUUACAAUGCUACCUGCAAUCUUCAAAAUGGUUAAUGUAUUUCUGUCAUUUGGUUUCUGUUGCCCCAGCUUGCAGCUAGAGCUUUGUAUCCAUUGCACUCCUUAGUAAGGAUGCUCCUCUC